GAAAACUGAAAUGGGGGACGGCCUAUGGAACCGGCAGCAGCAGCAGCAGCAGCAGCAGCAGCCGCAGCAUCAACUGGGUCCCUCUGGCGGCGUGCAUAAACGACCUCGUUCUGACUACGUCCGUACUGAAUAAGCUGAAACCAACAAAACCUGGUUCAGUGUGGUUGUUGAGACCUUUGUGCAAAAUGAAAAGUACUACAUUACACGGUACUUAAGAAUGGGUAUUUUCCCCAACCCAACCAAAUCCCAAACCUCUGAAGUGAUAUCAAGUAGCUUCUUCCUUUAAGUGCGGCCAGUCCUCCAAUCUAAUGCUAUUUUUCAAUAAUGAUGGUCAAGAGAUGCAUGGUUAUUUUGCACGAGAGGAUGAUAUUGGCGGUCCUAGGACUGUAAAGGAUAGCAGAUCAAUCGGAUCAGCAUAUGACCGCUAUCUUCAGAAUGCGGAAAUGCCUUCGUUCGCUUCUGGAGAAGUGAGUACUUUUGGUGGAGCUGGAAUGGGAAGGGCUGUUGGUGGUGGAAUGUCAGGUCCUCCAAUGGCUGAUCAUUCUAUGAGGGGUCGUCCUGGAGCUAUGUCUUCUGAUCUACUAACAAAUGGUCGAAAUAUGAAUCUUGCUAAUCAGCUCCCAGUAGAUGCAACGGCUAGGCCUGGACGUGAAACAGUUCCUUUACCUCUGGAUGCAUCCAGCACUUUAUAUGUUGAAGGACUUCCUCCUGACAGCACAAGGAGGGAAGUAGCUCAUAUCUUUCGUCCUUUUGUGGGAUACAAAGCAGUGAGGCUUGUGAGCAAAGAGUCCAAACACCGUGGUGGGGACCCUCUUAUUCUUUGUUUUGUGGAUUUUGAAAAUCCAGCCUGUGCAGCAACUGCUAUGAGUGCCUUGCAAGGUUAUGAAAUGGAUGAACACGCUCCAGAUUCUAAUUACUUGCGGCUGCAGUUUUCUCGGUUCCCAGGUCCCAGGUCUGGACCUGGACGUAACAAGAGGUGAUAGGCAUUAGGUAAUGAGAAACGUCUGCGUUGACGUAAUCAAGAUUAUAUUAGCUCUUAUACAUUCCAUAUAUAUGCUCCUUUCUGUAGUGGUAACCACAUUGUACCCAGAAUAUACAAUGUUAAUUGCUCAGGCUUGGGCACACACUAACUGUAAGCACUUGUAAUGCACGCUGUUGUUUCCAGUACUGAAUCCAGACAGUUUUAAAGUAGUUAUAUUUAACGGAGAUCUGAUUUUGCA